AGGGGUAGGUUGGAAUGAGGGCAACGGAGUUGGGGUUUUCUCACCUUGUCUAGAUCACAGAAGAUCUUGACAAUAAGCCCUCUAGUAGCACAAUUAGAGAGAUAUUGUACCCUAACGUAUCUCCUUAAUCCUUCCUCCUCCACUCCUCCACUCCUCCACUCAUCCAUGUCUCCCACCUAGAGAGAGAGAGAGAGAGAGCGAGAGCUGAAAGAUGGAUGAGAGAUCCCAAGGCAUGGAUUUUAUUCCUUCAGAUCAUCUAAUCUUACCUUUACAACAAAUCGAUGAGCUGUUCUUCCAGCAGGUUUCUUCUAGUUCUGGUCAGCAACACACAGACCCACAACAAUAUACACUGCCCUUUGCUCCUUUACAAGAUUGCACUGAUCAUCUACCCCUCAAACUUGAUAUACCCAGAGGAGGAAGGCGUUCCAUGGUUCCCAACUCUUGUGAUAAUGAGAAAAAGACAGUACACAGAGAUGGGGAGAGGCAAAGAAGGCAAGAAAUGGCUGGCCUCUAUGCAUCACUUCGAUCACAACUUCCUAUAGAAUAUAUCAAGGGAAAGCGCUCUAUAUCUGAUCACAUGAAUGAGGCUACCAAUUACAUAAAAGACCUAGGGAAGAGAAUCGAAGAGCUUAGUGACAAGAGGGAUAGGCUCAGAAAGAUGCCCAAUUCAGGCCCUCCGGACAUCGUCUCCCGCAAUUGUACGCCGACGGACGCCGUUACAGUCCAGCCUUAUUGGGGUGGAGUGGAGGUUGUUAUCAGCAGUGGGUUAAGGAAUGAAGAUUUUCCAUUGUCGAGGGUGCUCACAGUGCUGGUUGAUCUAGGGUUUACUAUAGUUAGCUGUGUCUCUACUACAGUGAAUGAGAAAUCACUUCACACUAUACUCUCUGAGGUCAGUGAUGUGAGAAGCAUGGAUCUAUCCGAACUGCAACAGAAGCUGACUGAUUUUAUUGCAUCAUCCUCAAGUUAGGGUUUCGUUGGACAAAUUUUCCUACACUGCCAUGAUAUGACCAUUGAUCAAUCGAUCGAUACAAACCUGGGUUUUCCUUAAAAUAAUCUCUCAUUUUUUUUUUAUAUGAAAUUGAAGGGUGUUUUUGUUGGUGGACAUUUGUGUUUCACCAUUCUCACCUCCAUCAGAUCAAACUCUGAAUGUCAGAAGUGUUUGGUAGUUUGUAGUCCUUCUUGUACAUAGCUUCCUUCUAAUGAUUGAACAUUUUGGAUAAGAAAUGCAAAUCCACAUUGGGCCUUGGAUUUUUUUAUACAGUUUUAGGUUUAUCAUGUUUAGUUUUUGUCCCAUAUAUGAUCAAAUUAUAGGAGUUUCCAUACUUCUAUAUUGAAGAACGUGGCCAUACUACUGAGGAUGUAUAGCAUUUUGUGUUUGUCA